UUGUUCUCACUCCUCGAAACGUUGACGUUUAACCGUGGGGUGAACUGUUGUGUAGCUAAAACGCCGCUGUUGGGUUUCCGUUUAUCGGAGUACAUUAUUCCCCAUGCAUUUGGUUUGAGUGAAUGGGUUGCGUUUUCGGAAAGCAAUCACAAUCUUCGUUGUCGGAUCACCGGCGUCGGAGAAACAGUGAAGCACCACCGCAUCAUUUACGUACUCGUUGUCGACGGAGCUCCGACCAGUUAUCAUCGGUUGUGUCCGUCAACGAUGCCGUUGACGGGGUCUUGGGUGUCAAAAACCAGAGGGGACAAAGCCAACCGCAGCGUAAAGCUAGACAUACCGGUGAUUUUUCGGUUACCGUUCCGGCGCCGGAGAGACGUCGGGUGACACCUGAGGUGAACCAGAAAGGGUGGCCUUCGUGGUUGAUGGCCGUUUCUGGUGAGGCCAUCCGUGAUUGGACCCCUAGACGAGCCAACACCUUCCAGAAGCUGGACAAGAUUGGGCAAGGGACUUACAGUAAUGUAUACAAAGCCAGGGAUCUACUAACAGGGAAAAUAGUGGCACUAAAGAAGGUUAGGUUUGACAAUUUGGAGCCAGAAAGUGUAAAGUUCAUGGCCAGAGAGAUUCUUGUUUUAAGGAAGCUUGACCAUCCCAAUGUGAUCAAGCUUGAAGGCUUAGUUACUUCAAGAAUGUCUUGUAGUCUUUACUUAGUUUUUGAGUACAUGGAGCAUGAUCUUGCUGGCCUAGCUUCCUGCCAAGGAAUCAAGUUCGCUGAGCCUCAGGUCAAAUGUUAUAUGAAGCAGUUACUUUUGGGGCUAGAGCAUUGCCACAAACAAGGUGUUUUGCAUCGUGAUAUCAAGGGUUCUAAUCUUCUUAUCGACAAUGAAGGCAUUUUAAAAAUUGCAGAUUUUGGACUGGCUACCGGUUAUGACCCUGGGAAGAAGCAGCCCCUGAUUAGUCGAGUAGUCACUAUCUGGUUCCGUCCACCCGAGCUACUUCUAGGGGCAACUUAUUACGGAGUUGGGGUUGAUCUGUGGAGUGCUGGCUGCAUUCUAGCAGAGCUACUUUCAGGGAAGCCUAUAAUGCCAGGAAGGACAGAGGUUGAACAACUGCACAAGAUAUUCCAGUUAUGCGGAUCCCCUUCUGACGAAUAUUGGAAGAAACCCAAAUUGCUAAAUGCAACACUCUUUAAGCCACAACACCCAUACAAACGCUGUAUAGCAGAAACUUUCAAGGAUUUUCCAUCUUCUUCUUUAUCUUUAAUUGAAACUCUUCUUUCGAUAGACCCCGAAGAAAGGAGUACUGCCACUUCAGCUCUUAAUAGUGAAUUCUUUACGACUGAACCGCAAGCUUGUGAGCCAUCAAGAUUACCAAAAUAUCCUCCCAGUAAAGAAAUUGAUGUAAAAUUGAGAGACGAAGAAGCAAGAAGACAAAGAAGUCGAACUGGCAAAGUCAAUGCAGUCGAUGGUACCAGGAGAAUUAACGUUCGUGAACGUCCUACUCGGGCAGUUCCAGCCCUUAAAGCAAAUGCAGAGAUUCAAGUAAACUUAGAUAAAUGGAGAGUGAUGACACAAACAAAUGCUAAGAGCAAGAGUGAGAAAUUCCCACCUCCUCAUCAAGAUGGAGCUGUUGGACAUCCAGUUGAUGCCUCAAACAAAGGGCCUGUAUCUUUUGGUGCAAGUAACGCUUCUUUCAGCUCAUCAAUUUUCAACUCCAAAUCAUCCAGAUUCGCCAAAAGUUCCGCACCUGCCAGCGGUCCUUCAAGAAGGAACUCAAAUGGAGACCCCCACGAUGGUCCGUCUCAAAAUUUCAUCCGCAAUUUCCGAGGUUCUUGGGAGACGGAAUUAGGUUAGUAUUACAAUUUUAUAAAUAUUGUUUUUACUUUCUCAAGAGUCAUCCAUUCCCUUCCUGAAAUUUAAUAUGUUUUUCCUCAAAUUUCGGCCCAUUUGUUUGUAUUUGAUCCUAAAAGUCUGGUGUGUAAUCCGCACCAGGAUCCAAGGAUUUGGUGUA